GUUCUUGCCAAUCAAAGUAAGGUUGAAUAUCUAUGAGAUGAUUACUACUGUUUUUCUUAGUAUAUAUUUACAUAUGCUAUGAGUAGAUCUUUUAAAAUUAUAUUAGACUGGUGACAUUUCUUAAAUGUGUUGGUUAAAAUAAGUUCGUCAUGUUGAUGCAACUGUCUUUUAAAUUUUAUCAGUUUUUCAUUUUGAUGUCAAAAAUAAAAUUUUAAUUUAAUUCAAGAAAAUGCUAACUACAUAUUGGAAUUCAAUUUUUACAGGUGCUCAACUUAGAAUAUUUACAUGGAGAGAAUUUCAAUUCUUGGUUUCAUUUUAGCCAUUCUCUAUUUCAUAACAACGGAACUUGCAUGUAAUGGCUAUACCCAUAUCAUCAACAACAUUCAAUCUGAACAAGAGGCUCUUAUUGACUUCAAAAGUGGUCUCAAAGAUCCCAACAACCGACUUUCAUCAUGGAAAGGAAGCAAUUAUUGCUAUUGGCAAGGAAUUACUUGUGAAAAAGACACAGGAAUUGUCAUUUCCAUUGAUCUUCAUAACCCUUAUCCUCGUGAGAAUGUAUAUGAGAACUGGAGCUCUAUGAACUUGAGUGGAGAAAUUAGACCUUCAUUGACAAAACUCAAGUCUUUGAAAUAUCUAGAUUUGAGUUUCAACUCAUUCAAAGGCAUGCCAAUUCCUCAAUUCUUCGGGUCUUUGAAGAAUUUACUAUAUCUAAACUUAUCAGGUGCUGAGUUUAGUGGUACAAUUCCUUCAAAUUUUAGAAGUCUUUCUAAUUUGCAGUAUCUAGAUCUUUCUUCUGAAGGUUUUAGUUAUAAUGAUUUUGAAUAUUUUAGUGAUUUAUCUAUUGGAAAUAUUGAAUGGGUGACUAGUCUUGUUUCCUUGAAGUAUCUUGGUAUGGAUUUUGUUAACCUUUCAUCAAUAGGAAGUGAAUGGGUCGAGGUGCUAGACAAACUUCCAAAUUUAACAGAGCUGCAUCUAGAUGGUUGUAGCCUCUCUGGGGGCAAUAUCUCUCAACUAUUGAGGAAGAGUUGGAAAAAGAUAGAAUUUCUCAGUUUGGCUAGAAAUGAUUUACAUGGUCCAAUUCCAAGCUCUUUUGGAAACUUCUGCAACUUAAAAUAUCUGGAUUUGAGUUUUAAUUACUUGAAUGGAAGUUUACCUGAGAUUAUCAAGGGAAUUGAAACCUGCAGUUCUAAAAGUCCUUUGCCUAAUUUGACGGAGUUAUACUUGUAUGAGAAUCAAUUGAUGGGAAAAUUGCCAAAUUGGUUGGGUGAGCUUAAAAAUCUUAGGCGCCUCGAUUUAUCCGGCAACAAACUUGAAGGUCCAAUUCCAAGCUCCUUUGGAAACUUUUGCAACUUAAAAUAUCUGAAUUUGGGGGGUAAUUACUUGAAUGGAAGUUUACCUGAGAUUAUCAAGGGAAUUGAAACCUGCAGUUCUAAAAGUCCUUUGCCUAAUUUGACGAAGUUAUACUUGUAUGGCAAUCAAUUGAUGGGAAAAUUGCCAAAUUGGUUGGGUGAGCUUAAAAAUCUUAGGGGACUCGAUUUAUCCGGCAACAGAUUUGAAGGUCCAAUUCCAAGCUCUUUUGGAAACUUCUGCAACUUAAAAUAUCUGGAUUUGAGUUUUAAUUACUUGAAUGGAAGUUUACCUGAGAUUAUCAAGGGAAUUGAAACCUGCAGUUCUAAAAGUCCUUUGCCUAAUUUGACGGAGUUAUACUUGUAUGGCAAUCAAUUGAUGGGAAAAUUGCCAAAUUGGUUGGGUGAGCUUAAAAAUCUUAGGGGACUCGGUUUAUCCAGCAAUAGAUUUGAAGGUCCCAUCCCUGCUUCUUUAUGGACAUUGCAACACCUGGAGUUCUUGUCCAUUGGAAUGAAUGAGCUGAAUGGAAGUCUCCCAGAUAGUAUUGGACAACUUUCUCAAUUGCAACAAUUGAAGGUUUCUCUCAAUCAUUUGAGUGGAAGUCUCCCAGAUAGUAUUGGACAGCUUUCAGAAUUGCAAUGGUUGGAUGUUUCUUCCAAUCAUUUGAGUGGAAGUCUCUCUGAACAACACUUUUGGAAGCUAAGUAAGUUGGAGUAUCUAAAGAUGGACUCCAAUUCUUUCCGUUUGAAUGUUAGUCCCAAUUGGGUUCCCCCUUUCCAGGUGAAAUAUCUUGAUAUGGGUUCAAGCCACUUGGGUCCUUCAUUUCCGAUUUGGCUUCAAUCUCAGAAGAACCUCCAAUAUCUUAAUUUCUCAAAUGCUAGCGUUUCAAGUCGUAUUCCAAAUUGGUUUUGGAAUAUUUCUUUCAAUCUGUGGUACUUAAGUCUUUCUCAGAAUCAGUUACAAGGUCAGUUACCAAAUUCAUUGAAUUUUUCUUAUCCUUUUCUCGCACAGAUCGAUUUCAGUUCCAACCUCUUUGAAGGACCUAUUCCUUUUUCAAUCAAAGGGGUGGGAUUUCUAGAUCUCUCCCAUAAUAAAUUUUCUGGCCCUAUCCCACUUAGCAAAGGUGAAUCCCUGUUAAACUUGAGUUACCUUCGUCUUUCUCAUAAUCAAAUAACAGGGACCAUCGCAGAUUCCAUAGGACACAUCACCUCUCUUGAAGUCAUUGAUUUUUCAAGGAAUAAUUUGACCGGAAGCAUUCCUUCUACCAUAAAUAAUUGCUCUCGCCUAAUUGUUUUGGACCUUGGAAAUAACAAUUUGUCCGGGAUGAUACCAAAGUCAUUAGGUCAGUUGCAAUUGCUCCAAUCACUACACCUGAACGACAACAAGCUUUCAGGAGAGCUUCCCUCAUCUUUCCAAAAUUUAUCAAGUUUGGAACUCCUUGAUCUCAGUUAUAACGAAUUAUCGGGUAAGGUUCCAUCAUGGAUUGGAACUGCUUUCAUAAAUCUUGUAAUACUCAACUUGAGGUCGAAUGCAUUUUUUGGAAGACUUCCCGACCGACUUUCAAAUUUAAGCUCCCUACAUGUCUUAGACCUUGCACAAAACAAUUUGACUGGUAAAAUUCCAGUCACUUUGGUGGAGCUUAAAGCCAUGGCUCAGGAGCGUAACAUGGAUAUGUAUUCUUUGUAUCACAGUGGGAAUGGUUCUCGAUAUGAUGAAAGGUUGAUUGUGAUUACAAAAGGCCAAAGUCUUGAAUACACGAGGACUCUUUCUCUUGUUGUUAGCAUCGAUCUAUCCGACAAUAAUUUAAGUGGAGAGUUUCCCAAAGGAAUAACAAAAUUGUCUGGUUUGGUGUUUCUAAACUUGUCCAUGAAUCACAUCAUUGGCCAAAUUCCUGGAAGCAUUUCAAUGUUGCGUCAGUUGUCCUCUCUUGAUCUAUCAAGCAACAAGCUUUCUGGCACCAUUCCUUCAAGCAUGUCCUCGUUAACAUUCUUGGGUUAUUUGAAUCUAUCAAAUAAUAAUUUCUCUGGUAAGAUCCCCUUUGCAGGGCAAAUGACAACUUUCACAGAGUUGGCCUUUACUGGAAACCCGAAUCUUUGUGGAACUCCACUAGUCACAAAAUGUCAGGAUGAAGACCUAGAUAAAAGGCAAAGUGUUCUUGAGGACAAAAUUGAUGGUGGCUAUAUUGAUCAGUGGUUUUACUUAAGCAUUGGCUUGGGAUUUGCGCUAGGCAUUUUAGUUCCUUAUUUUGUCUUGGCAAUAAGAAGAUCUUGGUGUGAUGCCUAUUUUGAUUUUGUGGACAAAAUUGUCAAGUGGCUACUGUUCAAAAGAAGAGUGACUUAUGCCAAAAAUCAUACUCGAAGGCAAUAAAUUUUGUUUGUAGAUCUUCAUAUGCUUUAUGAUUUGCUAUAAGCUUUGGAAGUGAAUUUCAUCACUAUUACAAUAAAAGAAAAGACUUUGCUUUUAA